AUGGCGCCGAUUACCCUCGAAUCCGAGCCCAGCUACCUCCCGCUAGCCUUGGCGCUGUCGCAUGCGGUCGCCGUCGUCUACCUCUCGUCCAAGGUCGGCCGGACUCUGUAUCGCGCCCAUCGAGAGCUCGGCCCCGCCCAGGACACGCGCCAUCGGUCCGCCCAGCGCUCCAACCUCACCAUCGUCUUUGCGAGCCUCGCGGUCCUAGGUUUUGUGCUCGCCGCGACCUCUGCCCUCAGCUACCUCAGCCUGUCGUACCAGACAUGGGCCGACGAGAGGGGUGUUGCCGUCCCCAAGAGCCCGUCUGAACUCUCCUUCUGGGGCCGCGACGCCGCUGGCACCAAUGCCGCAAGCCUGCAUCUCGCCUGCUGGCUGAGCGAUACCCCCAUCCACCUCGAUGCCCUCGAGAUCCUGGCCGAGAGGGCUCGCUGGCUGUGGUGGGGACAGCAGCUCGAUGUUGCCACCGUCUCCUGGAUGACGCUUCUUGCAAUCGAGGGCCGCCGCCGCAAGAUCCCCCACCUCUGGGCUUAUGCCUUGCUCGCCCAUCUUGUCGGCCUGUCGUUUGCCCAGAACUUAUUCUACGUAGCCAUGCUCUUGACCCCGUCGCCAUUCUCGGGCACGCAGUCGAGACUUGAACGCCUCGUGAACCGGGCACUGCCCCCAAAACCCGACAACUGGUGGCCCAAGCCAAUUCUGUUCUUUGUGCCCCUGACCCUCAACUAUGGCGCCAUCUUCUGGCUCCCCUAUGCCGUGGGCACUGCUUCGUUUCCCGUGACAGCCGUCCUGGCUAGGGUCCUGACCUUUGCUCCGCUCGCCUUGCCCGCUGUCGUGCCCGAAUCCUGGGGCGUGGUAUACCCUGACCCGCAUGGUGUCUACGGCACCUUUAACAAGCUCUUCCAGUUCAUGACGGCUGCGGGCCUGGUCGUGCAUGCCAAGGCGACGGCCGUUGGUCUCUGGCAUAAUAUGCCCGAGACCUACAAACACCGCCACAGCAUCAAGAUACCGCUCGACACUGAGAAGCGGUCGAAAUGGGAGCGCAGCGCGACUGCAGUCGAGAAAGUCCUAGGCUCAAUGACGGACCAUCCCGCAGUCACCGGCGCCGGAAGAGACGUCUUGAUGUGCGGCUUGAGCCUUGGCCUCUGGGUGGCUGUCCGCGCUACGGACACCGGCAACAUGCUCCAGUCGAUCGUGCCCGGUUAUAAGGCGGCAUCGGGCUUGCAGCCAGCGGACCCGCCCCAGCUGCCUGUCAAGGCCGAUUCGCCUGCUGCCGGGGGACAGAAGCAGGCGUCUACGUGCUCUUCUACUGCUUUACGGCGCCGGGCCAACUUGAGCGUCUCCAGCAUCAGCAGCUCUAACAGCCCUGCCGAUAAAGGAUCGCAGACUCCCAAACGGCGAGGCCGCCCGCGCGAGGUCAAGGCAGACCCAGAUCCCGAUCCAGAGGAUGUCCCUGGCGACAAAACAUACGAGCCCGACGCCGAUGUCAGGGCAAGCGCUACGCUUGGCGAUGUCGCCCCAGAUGACGACUUUGAUUGGGAAGCCGGGUCGCUCGCAUGGGCCUUGACAGCUCUGGGAGGACUUGGGACUGGAUCGUCUGCUGUUUUCGGCGCAGAGUCUAUCUCGCGCUGA